CUUAUACUGAACAAUGGUUAACAUGAGCUAUCACCAAUCUCAACAAAAAUAUAUUCACACUCCAACCCCUAGACAAACAAGAAAGCGAAAUAAUAAAAGAAAAAGGAGCGUGGCUGAUUUUGACGAGGGCUGUAGACAGUGGAGGGGGCGCUCUAGGACACUUUAUUCAUCUUUGUUUACACGAAAACCAAUGACCUCAAUUUCGCUGCCCCGCACAAUACAAAAUUUGUUGGGGAAAACUAUCACCGACAACACACCGCCAGACUUGAUUAACAGGUGAUUUGAGAAGGUCCAGAGUGUUCCAGUGUGGAACCAGACCUGCGCGCUGUGAGUGUGUGGAGACAUGACUGCGGAGUGGCUGCACCUGCCCCCCCCAUACCCCCCCGGCGUGGGGCCGCUGUGCGGGGCCGAGCUGGAGGCCUGGUACGAGGACCUGCAGGACAUCCUGGGCUCCGACGGAGGAGGGGUGAAGGCCCGCGCCCCGCCCUGCCCUGAGAAGGAGCCAGAGUUCCUGGACGUGCUGGAGAGCUGCUCUCUGACCUGGCUGACGGACGGGCAGGCCUGGGGGGGCGAGGGGGGGGUCCAGCGUGUGGUGGAGGCGGGGCCUCCCCCUCAGGGCCCCGCCCCUGUCCCAAGCACCGCCCCCAGAGAGGAGAGGGAAGAGGGGGGCGUGGCCCCAACCUCAGGGGGCGGCGACCUGCUGCCUCCAGAGUUCUUUGAGCUUCUGAGUGAGGGCGGGGCGGGGCUGAUGGAGGGGGGGGCGGGGGUGGAGUACCGCUCCCAGCAUCGCCCCCCGUCGCCCACGCCCAGCGAGGACGAGCCUCCGUCUGUCCCAGACUCCUCGUCCUGCUCCCCCUGCUCCUCCUCCGCCUCCCCCUCCCCCCCACUGCCCUCCUCGCCCCCCUCUCCCCCCUCCCCGCCCCCCUCCCUGUCCUACAGGCUGGGCAAGCGUCGGAGGGGGGGGGACCGGGCGGGCGGGCGUGCCCCCUCGCCCCCGGCCGGCCUGGCCCCCCCGCUCGGCCCCUCCCAGGCCAAGAAGAGCAGGAAAGAGAGGGAGCAGGAGAACGAGAGGAGGGUUCAGGAGCUGACGGAGCAGAACGAGCGGCUCAAGGCCCAGAUCGAGCGGCUGGCCGAGGAGGUGCAGAGGACCCGGCGCUCGCUCAUCGAGAGGCUGGUCAACACCCGCAAGUGAGGGGGGGCGGGGGGCGGGCGGGGGCCACAGAGACACAGAGAACAGAAUAACUAUCAGCAGAGAAGUAGUGAACUGCAGGCAUUCUUCAGGGCGAGCUCAGAGCAGAACAAGGGGGCAUUAAUGGAAACUGGUCACUGCGUGCUUGCCAGGACAUGUACUGGAGGCACUAGGGGUUUGCAAGACCAGGCUUGAGAUGGUGCCAGAUACUAUUUAGCUUUCAGGCAAACUAAGCAGGAGGUACACUUUAUUGGAUGGAAAAGGCGAGCAUUGCUGGGCUGAAUGGCCGGUUCUCGUCAGUAUGGUAUGUUAAGACGGCCGGUUUUGGGGUGUUGGUUCCAUUUUGGCUCAGGAAUUUAGAUCGUUAUGGGCGAUUUUCAGUCUGGCAUGAACCCAAACCCUGGGAUGGAUGGAGCAAAGGAACGUCUCGGGCCACAGGGAAGGAUGAGUAAAGGAGUACAGAAAGGAAGUGAAAGUGGGCAGAUUUGGAGUGAUAGUCAAAGGUUUACUGGAAAACGGCAGUAAAGGAACGGAACAGAACGGAAGUAUAAUGCAGAGAGCUUUCAUGAGCAGAACGGAAGUAUAAUGCAGAGAGCUUUCAUGAGCAGAAUGGAAGUAUAAUGCAGAGAGCUUUCAUGAGCAGAACGGAAGUAUAAUGCAGAGAGCUUUCAUGAGCAGAACGGAAGUAUAAUGCAGAGAGCCUUAAUGAGCAGGAAUCUGACAGAAGCUUAUCUGAGGGCGAAUGGCGUGUUGUAAGGAAGGGCGGUCUUUUUGCGGGUAAGGAGAUUGUGUUCAAGCCCUCUGUUUCUACUGAGCUGAAAGUGAGAGCCGCAUUCACAGCUAAUUUCAGGGUAGCUCUGUAGCCAUGUAGCUCUGGAAGGAAAGACAGAUGUGUAAAAGUGUGGGGUUUUUUUUACAGGAAGCAGGAAAGGAGGGAGAGGGAGAGAGGUGAAUUAGAAAUCUGUGGCACCGCACUGCCAAACCCAUCCCUUCCCCCCCCCAAGAAAACACAACCUGAUCUCAUCAAACCUAAUAAAAUCUUAGGGACUUUCCUACAUGGUUAUUUUUUUGAAGUAGAGUUUUCCCCUUAGACAGUGUGAGAGCUCUGGACCUGUGUGUGAGAUGGAGCUGAGCCUCAGCUCGGUGUGUGUGUGUGUGUGUGCACGAUGCAGUGACCGAAAGCGCCUGUGUAAACGCCCUGGUCAUGACCUGGGUAUUUAUAUGCAAAGACCUGAACCGAUGGGGCUAGGCGUGCUUUCGCCAACACUAUUUUUCUGUACCGUAGAAUUAAAGCGGCAGUAGUCUUGUACAAUAAACAAAACACCGCUACUUUGCUCUCUCCCUAUUUUUAUAUCAAGUUUGUAAUAUAUACGGUUAUAUACUAUACUAUACUGUAACAGAUUUUGUAACUCAAUUUUCAAAUAUGUACUUUUUAAUGUAAGAACCUAACCUGCAUGCCUGUUCACUGUAAUGGUUACUUCUUUUGAAGAAUAUUACUCAUGAAAUGAUAGUCUUUAGCACUGCAUUUACUCUUGUACUGUAUCUUUGAUUUCACUAUUAAAGUUUAAAUUUAACCCUU